GGGUUUCCUGCACUCACAUCCGUAAAGGAAUAGAGCAAAGCUUACUGAAGAAAGCCGGUCUGGAUGAGCAUUGGAGCGUGUGUCAGGACUGUGAGCCGGACAAACCUGUUGAAAAGCAGAUCUUGGAGGAUGAAACUGACAGAGAAAGUCCAGCUGUGUGGAUGUGCCUGAAAUGCGGCCACAGAGGCUGCGGGAGAUCCGAGAAUCAGCAUGCGAUCAAGCACUACGAGACGCCUCGGUCUGAGCCACACUGUCUAGUGCUCAGUCUGGACGUCUGGAGCGUCUGGUGUUACAUCUGUGAUGAUGAAGUUCAGUAUUGCAGCACGGGGAAGCUGGCGCAGCUGAUCACAAACAUAAGAAAAGAAGUGCUGGCGGAUCCUGUCAAGAGGAACUCCAACAAAAUGCCGAACCAGAUCACAGAUGAGAAGAGCUGCUUCACCAUCACACCUGCACUGUCAUCUGAGCUGGGACCUCUUCAGGUCCAGCUGGAAAGGCCCGGGUCGCUCACGCUGGCUAUGUGUCAGUUUCUGAAUGAAAUCCAUGAGACCAAGAAAGGUGUCGUGACCCCGAAAGAACUCUUCACACAAGUGUGUAAAAAUCUUUUGGUUGCUAGUUUGGGUCAGAGACGUCAGCAGAAACUGGGCAGUAAAGUCGCUCUGGACUCUCUGACCAAUCAGAGCACAGCUAGCAGCACCGAUCCAGCAGACGCCUCCAAUCAGAGUGUAUCAGUAAAUGGCAGCGUUGAUGCAGAAUCAGGUGAAAACAUCCAGGAGCAUUUGAGCCUUGAGAAACCUCCUGCAUGCUCACAAAAUGAGGAUGAAGACGACGAGGAACCCGAGCAAGAGCAUGCUACUUCUGUCAACAACCGCUUCACUGCCUUAUCUGAAGACCAGACCACUGAAGAUGUGUCUGUGGAGGGAGAAGAAAUAGAAGAUGUGAAUGCAAUUGAGAAAGAGGACUGUGCUCACCAGCUUUGUGAUGAAGAGGAUCAGUUAGUAGAAGAACUGAAUGCUGUGUCACUAAAAACAGCUUCAGAAGAUGAGAUGGAGAAUGGAGAUGAGGCCUCGGGUGAUGCUAAAGAAUACACAGUGGUGAAUCAGGACCCAGAGCUGGCCUUUCAAUCACUGGCCAGCAGGGCGGCGCCAGAGAAGCAGGAGUGUUCGGUGGAGUCCUGCCUGUAUCAGUUCACUGAGGUGGAACAUCUCACAGAGAACAACAGACUGAUGUGUGUCACCUGCACAAAACGCCAGUCUGGACAUAAAGCCGCAGACGGUUGUAAGAAAGCUGUUUACAGAGAUGCCCUGAAGCAGAUGCUGAUCUCUGAUCCUCCGGCAGUUCUCACGCUCCACCUGAAGAGAUUCCAGCAGGUUGGAUACAGUGUUUGUAAGGUGAACAGACAUGUGCAGUUUCCUCAGAUCCUGGAUCUCGCUCCAUUCUGCUCUUUAAACUGCAAGGGAGUGAAGGAGGGCGAGACGCGAGUGCUGUAUAGUCUUUACGGUAUAGUGGAACACAGCGGCACCAUGCGGUCUGGACAUUACACAGCUUACAUCAAAUCACGACCUUCAACACACAAUUAUGUAGAAAACGGGCUCGAUGCUGGUUCAGGUCAUGCCGAGGCCAGUAAAGGAUCAUGGUUUCACAUUAGCGACAGCAGUGUUCAUCCGGUUCCAGAGGCCAAAGUGCAGAGUUCCCAAGCCUACCUCCUGUUCUACGAGAAGAUCUCAUAACUCAUAUGAGGAACGAUCUUCAAAACAAAGGGCUGCUGGUGCUUCAUUCCGACUCGGUUGCUGCUGCUGGGAAAUCCUGUUAAAACACUCUGCAAAUGAAAACUUGAAUCAAAGUCGUUUUGUAUGAGCAUCGUCUUUUAUUUUUUUCUCUCUGUUAUCAGCUGCGGUUCAGAGGGAA